AGACAUAUUUUUUUUGUAUUUUAAUGGAUCUAUUGAUAUAAUAUUGAAUUUGAUUGAUAAUAGAGACCAUAUAUGUUGUCAUUAUUUUCAUAUAAAUUGAUGUCUUUUAUCUUUAGGUGCUUUAAAUGACUUCAAUAUUAAGCCCACAAAUACUGAUCCGAAAAGUGCUUUGGCGACCACAUCUGUGACCACUUGUGAUGAUUUGAUUAAUAACAAGAAAAUUAUACCUGAAUUGAGUGCUCCGGAUGUUGGAAGUGAUCCUUUCGAUGAUAAACUCAAUGAAGAUUUAGCAAAAUUUGAUGAAAUGUUUUCGCCGCUCAUUAACUCUGAUCCCGAACUCAAAGAGCAUUGGUCUCGACUGACAAAGUCGUGCGCCGAAGCGGCCACUGCCAGUAAUGAAGACGAGUUUCAACACUCAUUACAGGAGACACUGAAGACUAUCUCAGAUAAGGCUCAGGCAGUGGUCGGAGAGGAAAACAAUUUGUCAGAAGAAGAAUUGGCAAGAAUUUGGUCUAAUCUGGGUAUUGGAGCCGACGAUGAAGAGAACGGUUCCAACAAUUUUGCUAAUUUGAUGCCUUUGAUGACUAAUAUGAUGCAAAACUUGUUGUCAAAAGAGUUAUUAUAUCCGGCACUCAAUGAAUUGGCAGAAAAGUAUCCGACAUUUCUUAAUGAAAACAAAGACAAAUUAUCAGCUGAAGAGCUCAAGAGAUAUACAAAACAGAUGGAACUCAUGAAAAUGGUUUCAAAGUAUUUUAAGCUAAAAUUUAUAACUUCAAAAAAUAUCAACGGAUUUAUAAAACCGUUUAUUUUUAAAGUUUUUGACUUUAAAAAUAACAUCUAAUUAUCAGAAAG